GCUUCUGAAGAUGCCAAAAAAGUGGUUGAAGAGGAAAGGGCUUGUGCUCGUGUGAAAAUUGAAAGUGCUAGAGCAGCAGCGCAGAGAGUUGUACAGGCUUUUCAUGAACAUGAAAUGAAAACCAGAAGCACAGAGAAGCAGAAGGAUUUCGAACAGUUGAUGAGAGAAGUUCAAGAGGCACGAAGAAUCAAAAUGCUACAUCAGCCCAGCAGGGUUAUGCACAUGGAACAUGAACUUCAAGCUUUGCGUAUUCAGUAUGCUGAGAAGUCUAUGUCUUCUGUUCAGCUUAGGAAAGAGCUGGCAAGGAACAAAAGGCUUGAGGAAAACAUGAACCAGUUGUAUGAGUUAGAAGGUCUUGAAAGUUUAGGUUCAUCUUUACAUAUUAUUCCCCGAGAAGAUACUGCUCCGGAUAUCUCAACUUGCGCAAUUCAGUGGUAUCGUAUACAAUCAGAAGGAAACAAAAAGGAAUUAAUUCCAGGAGCAACAAAAUCAGUGUACUCUCCAGAGCCUUUUGAUGUUGGGCGCCUCUUGCAAGCAGAAAUUGUUUUAGGUGCUGAAAGCAUAACAAUUGCAACAACUGGUCCAAUAGAUCCUGCUGCAGGACUAGGAAGCUAUGUAGAGGCACUGCUUCGAAAACAUGAAACUGAGUUCAAUGUAGUUCUUAUUCGGAUGAAUGGUGAAAAUCAUGCCUCAAACUCUAUUCAUGUGUUUCACGUUGGUAGGCUGAGUAUCAAACUUAGUAAAGGAAAGACGAUAUUGGCUCGGGAAUUUUAUUCCUCUUCAAUGCAGCUAUGUGGGGUUAGAGGUGGCGGAAAUGCUGCAGCACAGACACUUUUUUGGCAAGUUAAGAAAGGCCUUUCCUUCACAUUAGCCUUUCAAUCAGAGAGAGAGAGAAAUGCAGCGAUGAUGCUUGCUCGAAGAUUUGCUUUUGAUUGUAAUAUCACACUUGCUGGACCAGAUGACCAGGCUUCUUCUGGAACUUGAUAACCUUUUAUACUAUUUUAAGUAGCCUAGUGAGUAGUGGUUUGCCCAAAGUUAUAAAUGUAUUAUUAUAUCUAGUUAUGGAAAAUAGAUUGUACUUAGGAUCUUGUCAUUUUUUCUGCGGUUUGAUUUUCUUUUAUCAUUGUGAGCAUCAUCAAGGCAUCCUUUUUUUUGCCUUAAGAGUGGAUUGUAAGUUGUAACCAAUUUGUUUUGGCUUUUAUUAUCAUUCUUUGCCUGCCAGAAGAAAAAAAAUUCAACCAUUCUUCUUCCUUUUGUUUCCUAGAUCUACUUUUCUUAAUCUAGAUGCCACUGGAUUUGUCUUUGGCAUAGUGGCCUGUUAAAGACCAACAUUUCAGUGUAUAAAGAGAUGGAAUUGACAUUCCCAUACUUUCACAAUAAUUUCUAAGAGCCUUUUCUUUUUUA